GAGCCUCUUGUGGCCAAUAGCUGCACUAUCGUCCCCGGUGGUUUUGGAGAAACGUGCUAAUGCACGGCGCGAAGAGAAAUGUGCUACAAUGCGACGUGCAACUGUACGACUCAACUCGUACCUCGUACCGGUGAAAAAUGAGAAGUCGCGCGUGUCGUAAUUCGUAAUCAUGCACGUAACGUGACGUAACUAUAAAAUGGCAGUGGGGAUAAUCCGGUAAUGUGAUAUCAUGUGCCAUAUGCAUAAAAAUAAGCAAAUACUUAUGUAUUUUUAUUAAGAUGACUAUUUUCUAUAAAGAAAUUUCUAAAGAAAUGGAGUAUGAACAAAUGAGUGAAGUUGAUGAGGAUAUGGAAGAAAGUAGCAGUGAUAGUAAUGAAGAGGAUUCUAUUGCAAGUGAUGAAGUAGAAAAUAAUAAAUCUAAGAUAUAUCUUCCUGGAAAGUCUUUAGAAUGUGGAGAAGAACUUAUUGUGGACAAGACAGCAUAUCGAAUGUUACAUCAUGCCCAAUCCGGAGCUCCAUGUCUUAGUUUUGAUAUUAUUUUAGAUGACUUGGGUAAUAAUAGAGAAGAUUACCCAUUGAAUAUAUAUCUUGUGGCUGGAACUCAAGCUGCCAAGACGCAUGUUAACAAUCUCCUUGUUAUGAAAAUGAAAAAUCUAUGUGGUAUAGAAGAUAAUUCUGAUGAUGAAUCAGAUGAUGAUGAAUUACAUAGCGAAAGUGAUACGAAUAUACCAAUUUUGUCUGUUGCACCAAUGAAGCAUCAAGGUUGUGUUAAUAGAGUUAGAUAUAAAAGAAUUGGUAAUAAAGCUCUGGCAGCAAGUUGGAGUGAAUUAGGACGUGUACAUAUUUGGGAUUUGGAUAAACAAUUAAAUGCACUUGAUAAUGAUGAAUUGCUACGUGCAUAUAAUAAGGAGUCUAAAAAAAAUGAUGGGAACAUCAAACCAUUAUUUAGUUUUAAAGGACAUCUUUCAGAAGGAUAUGGACUUGAUUGGUGUCCAACACAAGUAGGCAUGUUAGCUUCUGGUGAUUGCAAGGGUAACAUUCAUAUAUGGCAUUUUAAUAAUUCUUCAACUUGGCAUGUGGAUCAACGACCUUAUAAUUCACAUGCACCAUACAGUGUUGAAGAUAUUCAGUGGUCACCUAAUGAAAGACAUGUACUUGCUUCAUGUUCUGUUGAUAAAAGUAUCAAAAUUUGGGAUACAAGAGCAAGUCCACAAUCUGCAUGCAUGUUAACAAUAGCUAGUACACAUACUGCUGAUGUUAAUGUUAUUUCAUGGAAUUGUAAAGAAAGUCAGUUUCUUGUAUCUGGUGGUGAUGAUGGCUUGGUUUGUGUAUGGGAUUUGCGCCAGUUUAGUGCUAAUAAUACAAAAGCAGUAGCCAUAUUUAAGCAACACACUGCACCUGUUACAACAGUAGAAUGGCACCCUCAAGAGGCUACUGUAUUUGCUUCUGGUGGAGCUGAUGAUCAAAUUGCUCAGUGGGAUUUAUCAGUAGAAGUCGAUCCAUCAGAAAAGAUAGAAGACAGUGAAUUAAAGGAACUUCCACCACAACUGUUAUUUAUACAUCAAGGUCAAACUGAUAUAAAAGAAUUACAUUGGCAUCCUCAAUGUCCUGGUACUGUAAUAUCAACGGCACAUUCUGGAUUUAAUGUAUUUCGUACAAUUAGUGUAUAAUCUGUCCAAUAAAAAGUCCAAUGUUUAUAAAAUA